GAUAACUAUAUGAUUUUGCUCAUAUGUGGAACUUGAGAAACAAGAUAGAUGAACAUAGAUGAAAUCAUUAUUACACUAUAUGUUAACUAACUUGGAUUUAAGUUUUUUUUUUUUAAAGGAUGAUUAGUUAUAAUAACAUUGCAGUAAGGGAGAUACUUCUAGUAAAAGGUAAAGGGAGCUCUAAAGAAUAUAAGCAUAGCAGACACAAGGAGCAGUCACUGUCUCUAGGGCUUAGAUGGAGCAGCUAAUGAACUUCCCCCACCCCACGGGCCUUACCGAAUAGCAGAGAAGUCACGGUGGUGCUGUGCUCACAGACCUUGUGAAACUCCUCAGAAAUUUGCACUCUAGGCUACUGUGGGAAUUGUGAUUGUGGGGAAUUGUCUUGCCAGAGGCACUGCACUAGCAAACCAACCAUGGGCGGUUUUAAAAGAAGCUCCUGGCUACUGUUCUGGUCGCCAUGAAUGGCAAGAAGCAAGUGCCAGAGGAGCAGCCUGGACCACAGGACGGGGCACCACAGGACGGCAGCGCUGGUGAAGCCUUGUAUGCUCUAUGAGCCACGCACUGAAGUCCUUUGCAGGCAGAGACCUGCCAGCCACUUCCGAUUCUUUCUGAAGACAAUAGCCAAUCUCAAGAAGUAGGCGUGACCUUAGGUGAGACUGACCAUAUAAAAAGCCCGUCUGUCCAGAGAAGACUUCUUUUACAGGGAAGACUGGCUGAGUUUGCAGCUUCCAGGCUUCAGGGAGCAGAGAGUUCCUACUGACCCUGAUAGCAGCAGACCUUCCAGACCUUCCAGAGCUUCCAGAGAUGUACAGAAAUAUGGAUUUGGACACCUUGCAAGCCUUGCAGAAUGAACUCAUCUGCUCCAUUUGUAUGAACUACUACAUAGACCCUGUCACCAUUGACUGUGGGCAUAGCUUUUGCAGUCCCUGCCUGCACCUCUGCUGGGAGGAAGCCCAGACCCUAAUGUCCUGCCCUGAGUGCAGGGGAAUUUCAGAGAAAUCAGACUUCAAAACCAAUAUUGCGCUCAAGAAACUGGCAUCCCUUGCCAGACGGGCCAGAGUUUACCACGCCAACAGCUCCAAUGAGCAGAUCUGUGUGGUACACAAGAAAGCAAAGGAGUUCUUCUGUGAGGCUGACAAGAGCCUGCUGUGUGGGCUCUGCUCUGAAACACCGGAGCAUGUGGCUCAUGACCACAGUCCAGUCCAGUGGGCUGCUGAGGAAUACAGGGAGAAACUUCUGAAGAGAAUGGGCUCUUUAUGGAACAUGACUCAAGAAAUGCAAAAUGAUCUGAAUCAAGAAGCUAACAAAAUCCAGUCAUUUGAGGACUAUGUGCUCUUAAGGAAAGUGAUGAUCAAAAUGCAGUAUCAGAAGAUGCAUCUGUUUCUCUGCGAGGAGGAGCAACUCCAUCUGGAGACACUGGAGAAAGAGGCGGAGGAGAUUUUGCAACAACUCCAGGAAAGUGCAUUCAGAAUGACCCAGCAGAAAGCAAGCCUGAAAGAAAUGUACAAAGAGCUGACUGAGAUGUGCCACAAGCCUGACCUGGAGCUGCUCCAGGACUUGGGAAAUGUAUUGCAAAGGACUGAAUUGGUGCAGGUGCAAAAGCCUCAGCCCAUGAUUCCAGAGCUCACCUCGCACGGCAUCACAGGAAUCCUAGACAUACUGAACAACUUCAGAGUGGGUAAUGUGCUGAGUCAGGAAGCCACCGGUGGCUACAUGUGCGUUUCUGAGGAUGCUGGAAGUGUGAUGCUUGGAGUCACCCAUCCUGGUGUGUCCAGAGAGCCUGAGAGCCUGACGAGCUUUGCAGCCUGGGGACCUCAGGUCUUCACCUCUGGUAAACAUUACUGGGAGGUGGAUGUCACAUGCUCCCCAAAUUGGAUUCUGGGAGUCUGUAAAGAUUCCUUGAUGAGUGAUAUUGAUAUCAUUAGUGAUCCUGAGGCAGCAUUUCUUCUGUUUUCUUUGAAGAUAAACAAUCGUUAUAGUCUCUCCACCAACUCCCCGCCCUUAAUUCAGUAUGUGGAAAGGCCUCUGGGUCAGAUUGGAGUAUUUCUGGAUUACGACAAUGGAACUGUGAGCUUCUAUGAUGUUUGCAAAAGUUCCCUCAUAUACAGUUUCCUUCCUUCCUCCUUCUCUUUCCCUCUGAAGCCUUUCCUUUGCUUUGAUGUGCAGGAGAAAGCCUGCCUCCUCCCAUCAGCCGGAGAGUCUGCGAAGACUUGUGAGGAAGGUUUGCAUAUUUUGUGUAGUGUCUCUUCAGUUUUAUUUUUCUCCUCUCGUAUUAUAAUAUCUUGUCGUCUCUUCUUUCUCUCUCUGAUCCAGUCUUUGCAAGAUCUUCAGCCCUUUGCUAAAGGAGAUGGAAAUUCCAGCCCAGCAGGUGGGAUGAGGUCGGAGGGAGCUUGCGAGCUCCUGGGCCGCGCCUUCUACAAGGUCUUAGAAAUCCCAAGCAGAGGAUCCCUGGGGAUGGGGGGAUGGGGAGGGGGGAGCCGCAUCAGGGACUCCAGUGGGUUUCGCUUUGUUUUGACCACGCCCCGCGCUGCAUUCCUCCCGCGAUCUCCCGGCUUCGCACCCAGAGAAAGGCUCCUGGCCAGGCGGCCGGCUGCGCGGACCCCGUCUCCCCCUAAGGCUGGUGCGCAGAGCCCGGAGGGUCCCCGAGGCUGGAAGCGCUUGGCGAUGCGUCUUCGCUCCAGUCCCUCCGGCCCCGCUCGCUCUCGGGCUCCCUCCUGUGGGCCCUUAUUUCCACCCCCGUCCUGUCGCCCCUUGGGUUCCCGGCCUCAGCGGGACGAAUCAGUAGGCCGAGCUAGCACCCCAGAGUCCGCGUGCAAAGGGGCCUUGGCUGCGGGGGGACCUUUCGGAGCCGGCCCUGCGCGAUCCAGUUUGAAUCUCCGCGAAUUGCAGUGCUGGUUUAGGGACCCUGGCCUUCUAGGCUUUUCUUUCACCCUGGCGACAGGGUGCCCUCCACUGCAGUGCCCUCCACUGCUCUCUAGGCGCCUAGAGUAUGAACUGGGAAGCCUUAGCCUUGGGGACAGUGGGACCCGUUCCCUCCAGGGUAGGCGACAGGUGGGCCCCCAGCUUCCUCUAAAUAUGGAUUCCAACAUCUUCCAGAAUGAGUUCACUUGUUCCAUAUGUGUGAAGUACUUCAUAGACCCAGUCACUAUAGGCUGUGGGCACAGCUUUUGUAUGCCUUGUCUUUGUAUCUUCUGGGAGGAAGCCUAUCAUCCUCCUUCCUGCCCUGUCUGCAGGGAAACAUCCCAUCAAACAAACUUCAAAACCAACAUUGUUUUGAAGACACGGGUAUUCCUUGCCAGACGGGCAAGACCUUACCACUUACCGAGCUCUGCAGAACAGAUGUGUGAGAUACACAUGAAAACUAAGAACUUCUUCUGUGAGGUUAUGAAGGACCUGCUCUGUUUGCUGUGCUGUAAGUCAAAGGAGCAUGAGGCCCACAGACAUUGUUCCACUGACUGGACCGCUGAGGAAUACCGGCAAAAGCUCCUGAAAGAAAUGAGGUCUGUGUGGGAAAAGACACAAGAAAAUCGGAGAAAUCAAAAAAGAGAGAGCAGCAAAAUCAGAGCAUGGGAGAUCCACUCACCGCAGGGUUAUGUGUCUCUGCGGAGGGAGAUGAUCCGUGCUGAAUAUCGGAAGGUGUACCACUUGCUUUUCGAGGAAGAGAGACGUUAUUUAGAGAGAAUGGAAAAAGAAAGCAACGAGAUUUUACAACAACUCAGAGCAAGUGAGGACAGCAUGCACCAAAAGGGAAAACUCUUAAGAGGAAUGUAUGAGGACCUCAAGAAAACGUGUCAUAAACCAGACGUGGAGCUGCUCCAGCAUUUUGAAAACACUUUAAAAAGGAGUGAGUCAGUGCAGCUGCACAUGCCCCAACCUGUGGAUCCACGGCUCAGUUCAUGGCCCAUCACGGGGCUGAUAGAGAGACUCAACCAUUUUCUUGUGCCCAUUUUUUUUGAAAAUGAAACAACGACCUGUCACAUGCCGCUGUUUGAAGAUCUGAGACGUUGGCUCUUCAGUCGCGAUCAUCCUGACGUUGUCACUAAUGCAACAAGAUCAAAAUACUUUCUGGCAUGGGGAGCCCAGACAUUUACCUGUGGUCAGCAUUACUGGGAGGUGGAUGUGGGGAACUGUCGGAACUGGGCCCUUGGAUUUUGCGAUGAUUCUUGGACAAUGAGGAAUGACAUGGCGCUUGACUCAGAGGGGAUUUUUCUACUCUUUUGUAUCAAAGAGGACAACCAGUGUCGUCUCUUUAGCUCCUCCCCACUGUCGCCUCAAUAUGUAGAAAGGCCUCUGGGCCACGUGGGGGUGUUCUUGGAUUAUGAGUGUGGUGUGGUGAGCUUUGUGAACGUGGCCAAUUGCUCCCUCAUCUGCAGUUUCCUCUCACGUUCCUUCUGUCUUCCUCUCCGACCCUUUCUAUGCUCUGCACCCUCAUGAGGAGGGACAUGUCAGAAAGUGACCGCAAGCGUCAGCUCAGCGAAGUGCCUGCUUGAUGGUCUUCAAUGUCUCCCUUUAUCCAACCCAUUGACUAUUUUUAAAGUUUGAUAAUUACAAGCGUA